UGGAGUUUGGUUUAAUACCUGGUUACGGGGGAAUUAAGAUAUUAUAGAGGGAGGAUAAAGGCAUAGAUUUGUUAAGAAAAUACAGGAAAAAGCAUUGGUCUCAAUUCUGGACUUAUACAUGGAUGACCGACUUCAUGACAAAAUCAGGUCUUCAAGAGCUGAAGAUCAAAGAUCUCGGCACUCUUGAAGUAGAAGACAGAACAGAGACUCAUUAUAAUAGAUUUAGGAAGGAAUGGGAAGCACAAGAGCAGAUUGAUAGCAACUCGAUCAUAAAGAUCCUUUGGAAACUUUACAAAUGGAGAUUUGCAGCUUGAUUAGUAGGAACUUGGGGGUGAAUCUUCACUGAGAUUAUUAAUUUCCAUGUCCAAGCAGAGGUACUUUCUUACAUUGAUGGAGGAGAUGAGAGCAUGCUUUGGGCGAUUAUUUGAGCAUUUGCAAUAGCAGGGAUGGAGUUUACAGCAAGAGGUUUCCAUAUGCUUCAGAAUACUCAGCAGCUCAGAUGUGGUGAAAGAGUGGGAGCAGCAGUUUCAUCUCUUGCGUAUUCAAAAAUAUUCAGAAUUCGCGAAGGAAAAUAUCAGAAAGGCCAACUUCAAAAUAUGAUAGAUGAUGAUUGUGUCAGAAUAUCAAAUGUAUUUCAUGAAGCCACUCAAAUUGCAAUAAUGCCAAUGCUAAUAGUCACAACAUUUUUCUACCUUUAUCUGUACAUUGGCCAUAUAAUCUGGAUUCCUCUUGGCAUUAUUAUUGCAGGAGCUGUGUUUGUAUAUUUUGUGAAUAUAUUCGUUGCGCAGUUAGAGAAACGAAAGAGAAAAGACGAUGAUGAUAGAGCAACAGUGCUCAGCGAGAUCAUCGAUAACAUCAAAGUCCUCAAAAUGAACUCAUGGACACACUGCUUUGAGGAGAAACUAAGUAAACUGAGGAAGAAGGAGCAUUACAAUGAUUUUUAUAGCAAGUUACUGCAAAUGCCGGCUCAUAUUUUACAUUACUUAUCCUACUAUUUGAUGGUUCUUAGUGUUUUCUGUACAUGAGUCCUUGGUUACAAGAUGAAGCUUUCAAUUCCUGUAUCAAUGGCUAUCUGGAGACUCUUGGUGAAAGUUAAAUGGCAUACACAAUGGAUACCAAAUUUUGCCCAAAAAUUUGCUGAAUUUCAAGUCUCAAUGGAGAGGCUGACAGAGUUCUUACAAAGCAAAGAGAUAGAAACAACAAUGAUAGAAGAAAUUGAUCCAGAAGUAUCAAAGAAUUCAAUUGAAAUUCAGCAAUCUAAUUUCUUUUGGGGACUUAAUCAUUGAGAUAGAGAAGAUGCAAAUGACAAAAAUGAAAAUAAAUUUGAUAAGAAAUUAAGGCAAAGAUUCGACCAAGAAAUAUUUGAAAAAUCCCAAGAAAUAGAACAGAGAAGUAAUAAUCAAUCAAAAAAGAUUGAAGUUAAAAAUGAGUCAUUUAAGUCAAAUAUAAAGAGGGUAGAUACAAGACAGACUAUGAACAAUGCUGUUAUACUGAAAGAUAUUGAACUUGACAUUAAGAAAAACGAAUUUGUAGCUAUCAUCGGAGAUGUAGGCUCUGGCAAAUCUUCUCUCAUUAAAACUCUUCUCAAAGAAACCCUUUAUGUUGAUGACCAAACUCUCAUGAAAUAUGGCCACACACAAAUCAGUAAUGCAUAUGAAGAUAAUGGCCAUUCAGCAAAUAACAGCAAUACUUUUGUGAGGAAAGAAGAUGUCAUGGAUUUCAGAAACCAACAUGUCAAGAAUGUUCGACCCAGAAUUCGAGUGGCCGGCUCUGUAAGUUUGGUUGAGCAAAAACCCUUCGUUCUCAGCCAGACCAUCAGACAAAACAUUUUGUUCGGUCGUCCUCUUGAUGAAGCCAGGUACAACCGAGUGGUAGAAGCAGCUCAGCUAGGAAAAGAUCUUGAAGUCUUCGAAGCUGGAGACCUCACACAUGUCGGAGAGAAAGGCAUCACACUCAGCGGUGGACAGAAAGCCAGACUCAGCAUUGCUCGAGCAUUGUAUGCCGACAGAGACAUAGUGUUGAUGGAUGAUCCGCUAUCAGCGCUGGAUUCCCAUGUCAAGAAGCUUAUCUUCGAUGAAGUGUGUUGCCGAGAACUCCGAGACCGCACCCGAGUUAUUGUGACUCAUGCAGUCGACUUCUUGGACAAAGUUGACAGAGUCAUCGUCAUGGAGCAAGGCAGAGUCAAGCUCAAUGGGAGUUACCAACAGCUGAUGGAGCAUAGCUAUUUCAGGAAAAUCAUGCAUACAAUGGAGGCUCAGGACAAGAAAGACGAAGAACAAAACUCAAGUGAAAAUGAAGACUCUGAUGAAGUUGGACACAAAAAGAAGAAUUAUCUGAGUCUUAAAGAGAAAAUAUUGCUUGAAAGAGAUGAUGACAAAGACAUUGACUUGUCUCCAUCAAUCUACUUGCAGUACUUCACGUAUCUUAAAAGUGGGCUGUUCUUCAUCCUGAUCGCGGUCGGAAUCCUCACAUUUGUGAGGCUCUGGACCAUCAAGGCAGACUACUUGAUGCUGAAGUGGGUGGGAGAAUUCUCAGUGACACAGACUGCUGACUCUGAGAUUCUGUACACAGUGUUCUAUGUUGCAUUUGUAGUUUUAUUUGUUGACUUAUCUGGGUGGAUUGUUGAAGUUUAUCAGAACUAUAUUAUUGGCAAGAAUCUGUUUGACACAAUGCUCUCAAGAAUGUUAAAUGCUCCAAUCAACUUAUUCUUUGAUAAAACACCUUGAGGAAUUAUCAACAAAAGGCUUUCAUCUGACCUGAAUUAUGCAAGUAGAGAGUUACCUGACACUAUUAAACAGAUUUUAAGAUGAUUGAUAUUUAUCGGGAUAACCUUUACUUUCAUUGCAACAAAUGCUCCUAUCUGAAUUGUAGUUUUCCCUUUCUCAAUAGCUAUUUACAUCACCCUCAUGAAAGAAUUUAUAAAUUGAAGUGUUCAAGUAGGAAAACUUAAGAUUGCUACAGCUUCUCCAGCAAGUUCUCAUCUUGGAGAGUCAAUUGAUGGUGUUUCAACUAUUCGAGCAUUCAACAGAGUUAAAGAAUUUGAAAGUGAGAGAUUUACACUAAUAGAUCAACAAUAUUCGGUUGGAAUUCUUUCUACUGGUCUAAACUGUUGGAUGAAUAUGAGAUUAAAUGCUGUUGCUAUGAUUUUUAUUCUCUUUCAAAUGAUUUAUUGUAUUCUUUAUCGUGAUCCUCAAAAUAGCCUCAUGACAGGAAUGCUAAUAACAUAUAUUUUUGAAUUACAGUGGGAUGUAGGAGCAAUGUUUUAUCAUGCUUCGUGGGCUCAUGAGAGACUAGUGUCAUUUUAUAAGUGUAAAAAAUUUAUGGAGAUUCCUCAAGAAGCUCCUCAACAACUUCCUCUCCCAAUCAGCCAAAAUAAUCAACCCUGGAUCAGUCAAGGUAAAAUCCAUUUCAAACAGUUCUCUGUUCGUUACAGACCUGACACUCCCAUUGUGUUGAAAAACAUCACCUUCCAAAUUGAGCCAGCCCAGAAAAUAGGAAUUGUUGGAAGAACUGGAGCUGGUAAAAGCACUCUCUGUCUAGCACUGUGUAGAAUUCUUGAGUCUCUUAAAGGGUCAAUUGAAAUUGAUGAUGUUGACAUUUUUACAGUGGGUCUAGCUGACCUCAGAGACAGAAUCACCAUUAUUCCACAAGAACCAGUGCUAUUCAAGAACACUCUCAGAUUCAACCUCGACCCUAAAUGUCAGCAUUCAGAUUCAGAAAUACAGAAACUGUUGAACAGAGCCAAUCUCAGCCACCUCUUGAACAGAACCGCUGACGGACUUAACUUCAGUGUGGCCGAGAAAGGGUCCAACCUAAGCGCUGGCGAGAAAGCUCUUGUGUGCAUCUGAAGAGCCAUCCUCAGAAAGAACAAAAUUGUGAUCAUGGACGAAGCCACUGCAAGCAUUGAUGUCAACACUGAAGAGACAGUUCAGAAGCUGAUGAAGCAAGAGUUCAAAGACUCCACUGUGAUCACAGUCGCCCACAGACUGAACACCAUCAUGAAGAGCGACAAGAUUGCAGUCUUGAGUUUUGGAGAACUAAUGGAGUUUGGGACACCUGAAGAGCUUCUUAGAAACAAGAAUUCGCAUUUCACAGAAAUGGUGAAUCGAUUCAGUAAAGGUUAA